AUGACAUCUGACGAAGAAUCAUUCCAUAGUGCUAGUGCGGAUAGACGUUCGACGUCAUUGAAUCUUAGUGCAGUUGUAUCUGAUUCACAGGAAUCCUCUGAUGAUGAAUCUGAUAAGAUCGUUGCGUUCAAUGAAGGUACUGAAUUGAGUGAUUCUACUGAAGAUGACGAGGAUGAUAAGGGGAAGGAAGAGACUGGCUCGGAGGGAGAUGACCUCGUUCAACCAAGAACAAAAAGACCAAGGCUAGAUAGGAAUACCACAUUCAGAGUAAAUAAUCAGCAAAACCCAAAAGGGUUUAUACAAGUACAAGAAUCUAAACUUGCUGGGUUAAGUGAGAAAGAAUUAUCUGCAAAUAUGUUGAAAUUAAAUUCUAUGCAAUCGUUAAUACAUCAAUCACCAAUAUCAAAGCAUGAUAGUGAAAUACAAAAACAAUUAAAUGGAAGAAAAGACUUAUUAUUUAAAGAAGUCAUUGAUACCAAAAUAGUUAAAAAAAGUUUAAUAGAUGUUAUUAUUCAUGAAAAUAUUACAAAUAAGUUUCAAGAUUGGCAUUUUAUAAGGAAAAAUUGUGCAGAUUCAUUAGAGCCAGGUUCGGUGUCAUCAUUGAUGUCUGCCAUUGGGUGUGAAAUUAACGAAAAUGAUACAAAUUUUACAAUAUCAGAUAUAGAUUUAGACAGAUAUGAUAGUUAUUGCAGAAUAUUCCCUGUUGGAUAUAUGUUAGAUCACAUUUGUAGCUCAUUACGACAGAUUUCUAGAGAUACGUGGAUAGAUAAACCUACAAAACAUAAUGCUGUGAAAUUCUUCAUAUGUUUUAUAUUAGAUAGAAAUGUUUAUGAAUCGAUUGAUAUUAAUCCUUUGAUAUGUACAUCAAUAUACAAAGGCGUCAUUUCACAUGAUUUAUUAGCUGGUGAUUCACCCGAUACUAUUCUUAAAAUCAUAGACGAAAUAUUUAUGGGUUUAGAUAAGAAAAAAUAUUUUAUGAUAAAUCGUUUAACAACAUUAAUACCUGAACUUAAAAACGCUUUAGUAUCACAUUAUUUUAAAGAUGACAUCAAUAAUAUUAUUUCCAAGUUUAAUACAUUGAUGGAUGAAAGAAUGUAUGAAAGUUUACUAUAUUUUGUGAUGUUUAUCUAUGGUUCCCAAUUAUUACCAUUUAAACCUAAUGAAACGACAAAUCAAAUAGAUGCAUUAGAAAAAAAUCCUGCACAUAAAUAUUUUAAGGAAUGUAUUUAUGAUAUGUCAAGCAAUACUACUUCAGAUGUAGAGAUCUCUUUAAUAAAGGUCUUGUUAAAUUUAUAUUCCAUGGUUAAAAGUUAA